ACGGAAUAGCACCUGUUCGUUUUGCGAGUGUAAUUGUACUUCGUGUAACACUCCUUACACUUGGUCUUGAGGUAGAGUAGAGAGUGUAAAAUUAGUGUAAGGUACGGAAAAGCGUGAAAACAGAAAUUGAAGGAAAGCUCUCCUUCUUACUGAUUUGUAGUUUGCUACCAAAGUUUCAAGGUUAUUAUUAGUUUAAACAUGACAACAACAAAAAAACGUGGUAUUUUAAUCGUUGGGACUAUGGGACGUGCAAUUGACUGUGACGGAUAUGUGCAAUGUGUUAUUGAUGAUGGAAGAGUAAUUAAAAUUCCUCAUAAUGAAAUUGACUAUUCAUCUGAUACUAUAGUAGUUGAUCUUUGUGGGACAGAAAUAUUGAUUGAAAUCCUAAAAACAAUACAAGAACAAGUUAAAAAUGUUGAUAAAGAAGAAGAGAAAGAAAAUAAUAUAAAUGAAUCUGUAAUAAAGGAAAAAGCCUUUAAUUGGAAUGAUGCAGCAACAAAGUUCUUUUUAGACUUAUAUAAACAAAAGAAGGAUGAUGUGAACACAAGAAAAAUAAAAACUUAUAAGUUAAUGUGGAAAUAUAUUGCACAAGAAAUGAGACAAGAAGGUUAUUCUGUAUCUGCACUACAAGUUGAGAAUAAAUUUAAAAUAAUGGAACGCGCAUACAAAAAUGUGAUAAGUAACAAUAAAAAAACAGGAAGAGCAAGAAAAACUUGCAGUUUUGAAACCGAACUUACAGAGUUGCUAGGAAAGAAACACAGUAUUCAACCACUUGCUCUCUCAGGAAGAAAUGGACUGCUACAACCAACAUUGUCCAAUGAAGGGUUAAAUAAUUUAAAUAAUAAUAUAAUAGAUAUUUCAAAUGGUACUAAUCCAGCAGCACAUGGAGAUAAUGACAACGAAUCUUAUGUAGCAGAUAAUAACUUUGAGUCCACUGAUAAUUCGGAAAACUUGAGAGGACCUGCACCUGUACCUGAAAAAGUUAGAAAACGACAUGGCAAAACUACAGAAUAUAUUCAACAAUGUACACUUGCUAUAGAGAAGUUUUCAUCUGAAUUAAAAAAUGAAAGACAAUUUCUGAAGGAUAUGUGUUUCGUAUGGAAGAAGCGAGUGCAUGAACUCUGUGUAUAAAAACAAACUCUCGAGAUAAUCUAAAUUUCACGCUUCUGGAAGUUUCUCGAGAGGAUGCCUUGAUUUGCAAGAAGUGCUUCCAAAUAAUGCUAAUAUCGACGCUUCAAUGUCACAUUCCGAGUUGUUGUUGUUCCAUUUCUUAUGAACAGCUAACAAUGUAACCUAGUUGGCCGAGCCUAGCUCGUGUACAUUCGUCAAAACAAUAGCUUCCAAUGCUGAUUGGAAUACUGAUUAAAAACUCGAACACAAGACAUUGUUUUCGUUCAUGUGACAUCGAAGGACGGUCGUAUUCGUUACUCUUCAAGUCUGAACGUGAAUUCAGAUUAAACCAAUCCCGCUCGAACACGGUUGGUUUUUUGCGAACUAUAAAUAUUAAGGCUAAGGCGAUCCGAGGAGACAACGUCGUCAUUCUUUACACAAGUCCGGUACACCGCAGCACUAAGUUAGGAGUCUCCCACUCUCUAUACGGAUUCUCGCAAGAGACUCACCUUUUUGUUGAUUAUUAAACAAGCUGUUUUUAAGAAAACAAAUCUAGUGAUUUGAAACUCCUGUACCGUAUCCAAACGCAUUUUAUCGCAACUUUCUGUCGCGUGGGAAUCAGCGACAUUUUAUUGCACGUGUCUAACGUUCACUACUUUGCAACCGAUCAACGAAGAGCUUCUGUUUCAACGCAGCGAAGAAGCCCAUUAUCAUCAUUAAAUUCGAGGCAAGAAGGUAACGUCUGAUACAAUAUGCAAUUGCAAAUGAUAGAGGAAUAUAGAAGCAUAAGAAAAAUUAAUGAAGAUUUCGUCAAAGCUUCACAAGAACAAUGGGCUAUAAGAAAUGCUCAAAGAGAUGAAAGAAAUGUCCUUUUGAAAAAUUGUAUACAAAAUCAACUAAAGUUUACCUGAAACACU